CUUGUCCAUCUGCUCCCGGGAAAGAGGAGCAGGAGGCGGGCCGGACGGCUCGGACUCCCCCGCUGAGGACUUCAGCUUCUUCUGCAGAAUUGAAGCGUUUUCAACAAAGUACACAGCUGGUGAGCAGCGCGCCGCUGGAGGCGAGACUGCCUUUAGAAAAUGUCGACAGGGAAGUAGAAACAUUUGUCGUUCUGUGGUAAUUCGCUGUUCGCACCACUUUUGACAACGACCGAGAACACGUUCACGCGCAGUGCUGUUGAACGCAGCUUGGAUCAAAAUAGGACCGCGAGUUCUGUCUUUAAAAAAUCCUAAAAUUGAGGUCCCAAGACAGGCACAGGAGACGGUUACUGGAAUGGAAAGUUUUCUGAAUAGACCUUCUUGCGAUAACAAUAGCAGAUGUCCACAGAAGAGAGUCAAACUGCAGAGUGACGAGGGGAUGAAGCCCGGCGAGGUUGAUGAGGAAGACGAGUUCUCUCAUCCUGUUCCCUGGCAGAAAAUCGAGUCGGAGGGACUAGACUGUGACUAUGCUCUGCUGCUCUGCAAAGAUGAAGCAGACAAGAUGUUUAAACAGCUGGAGGAGGAGGUGGUGUAUUCAACAGGGGAAGACGCAACGGUCCAGGUGUUUGGAAAGGUGCACAGUAUACCAAGAAAGCAGGCCGCAUACGGCGAUGCAGGUCUGACCUACACUUACUCUGGAGUGACACGUUUAGCCUGCACCUGGACUCCAACCUUGGAAUACAUCAGGGAUGUCGUCACGAACACAACCGGACAAACAUUUAACUUCGUUCUGGUUAACCGGUACAAAGAUGGGCAGGAUCACAUGGGUGAGCAUCGUGAUGAUGAGAAGGAGCUGGACCCCUUCUGUCCCAUCGCCUCCGUCUCCCUCGGAGCAGCACGAGACUUAAUCUUUCGGCACAGAGACGCUCGGGGAAAACGCGCCCACCGACAGAUCAAACCCGUGAAGCUGGAGCUCGCGCACGGAAGCUUGCUACUCAUGAACUCACCGACCAACACCUUCUGGUACCACAGCCUCCCUGUACGCAAAAAGAUCUCCCUGCCUCGCAUCAACCUCACCUUCAGACGCAUCCUGCUGGAGAGAAAGAAGUGAGCGAGCGUACAUUAUCACGCGGGUCUUUGGGGCCGGCGUUCAAGAAGCUUUCAGACUGUGGGACCCAAAUUCCUGAUCGACAGGAGGACAAAUCUACCGAUUCUCAAAAAAUCACUCUUUUACAGAAUGCAGACUGACAUUGUUCAGACUCAAAUGUAAAAAGAAUUGCUAACCUAGUAGUGCUCGGCUGUAAAUGGUAAACCAAAAGAUUAUGUCAGCUGGCCCGUCAGCUUCAGGCUCUGGCACUAAGGAGCAUUUACCCCUUUCAAUGUUUUGUCUAAAAUUAAAAUAUUUAUUCAUUGUUUGGGUGAAGGACACUUGAAGCAUUGAGCUUUAUCUUAAGCAAAUCUGUUAUCACAUAUCAGUCAUUUCAAAAGCUACCAAAUAAAUACUCAUUCCCCA